CCGGGAGGCCCGAGCCGUCCCAGGGUGCCCCGCGCGGCGUGCACUCGGGCCGCUGCCGCCAUCCCGCUGGCGAGAGGCAGAGAGAGGCCCGCCCGCUCGCCGGCCGGGCCAGUGCGUGAGGGCGCGGGGGGCCGUGUCAGCGAGACGCAGGGCGCAGCCGCCGCCACCGAACGGACAUGUUGGAGCUCAGCGCCGCCGCCGCCGCCAGCGAACGGGACUGAGUGGAGGCCCCGGGACCGUCCGCCUCGGCCACAGCCUCUGCCUGCUCAGCCUCGGGCUUCGCCGCGCCGCUCGUCGCCUCGCCCCCAAGCCCCUUAGGCCCGGCCGGCGUCCCGGCCCCGCUCUGCCGCGGCGCGAGGUCUAUGUGACCGGCGGGGGCCCGGAGCAGCCGCCACCGCCGUCUACCGCCGCAGCGCGAACAUGGACGCCGUCAACGCCUUCAACCAGGAGCUCUUCUCACUAAUGGACAUGAAGCCUCCAAUCUCCAGAGCGAAAAUGAUUCUUAUCACUAAAGCUGCUAUUAAAGCUAUUAAGCUUUAUAAGCAUGUAGUUCAGAUAGUAGAAAAGUUCAUCAAAAAGUGUAAACCAGAAUACAAAGUUCCGGGAUUGUAUGUAAUUGACUCAAUUGUGCGACAGUCUCGUCAUCAGUUUGGAACUGAUAAGGAUGUUUUUGGUCCAAGAUUCUCUAAAAACAUAACUGCCACAUUCCAAUAUUUGUAUCUUUGUCCAUCUGAGGAUAAGAGUAAAAUAGUCCGUGUGCUGAACCUUUGGCAAAAAAAUGGAGUGUUCAAAAUUGAAAUUAUUCAACCACUUUUGGACAUGGCAGCAGGAACCAGUAAUGCUGCCCCAGUAACGGAAAAUGUUGCCAAUAAUGAAGGCUCACCUCCACCUACAGUGAAAGUUUCUUCUGAACCCCCACAAGCUGCUCCCAACUCUCUGCCAGCUGUUCCACAGUUGCCCAGCUCUGAUGCCUUUGCUGCUGUGGCUCAGCUGUUUCAGACUACGCAAGGCCAACAGCUUCAGCAGAUCCUUCAGACUUUUCAACAGCCUCCAAAACCACAGUCUCCCGCCCUUGACAAUGCUGUGAUGGCUCAGGUUCAGGCUAUCACAGCUCAGUUAAAGACAGCUCCUACACAACCACCUGAACAAAAAGCUGCUUUCCCCCCACCUGAACAAAAAACUGCAUUUGACAAGAAGCUGCUUGAUCGAUUUGAUUAUGAUGAUGAGCCAGAAGCUGUGGAAGAAUCGAAGAAAGAGGAUGCUGUUGGGGUUGGCGCAGCUGCUACCGUCACCGCUGCUGCUGCCGCUGCUACCAUCACCCCUGUCCCCACUGCUGCAGCGCCUGCCGCCGUGGCUCCUUCUGCGCCUGCCACCACAGCUCCCGCCGCCGCGGUGCCUGCUGCCGCCUCUCCUCCUCCACAGACACCCUUUGGCUUUCCUGGAGAUGCCAUGCAGCAGCCAGCAUACACGCAGCAUCAAAAUAUGGAUCAGUUUCAGCCUCGAAUGAUGGGAAUGCAACAGGAUCCAGUGCACCACCAGGUCCCACUGCCUCCUAAUGGACAGGUGCCGGCUUACGGGAUUCUUCCGGCACCGUUUGCUCCCAUGGCUCAGCCUGUGAUGACGCCAGCUCCGCCAGGGCAGCAGCCUUUCCAAGCUGCUGCUUUUCAGGCACAAAGUGACCCACAUACACAGAAGCCUCAUCAGCAGGAAAUGGAAGUAGAACAACCUUGUAUUCAAGAGGUUAAACGACAUAUACCUGAAAACCGAAAGUCGAGAUCUAGGUCAGCAUCCAGGUCACCAAAAAGGAGGCGAUCUAGAUCCGGUUCUAGAUCUCGGCGGUCUCGCCAUCGACGUUCUCGAUCUCGCUCCAGGGACAGGCGCCGGCACUCUCCUCGCUCUCGGUCCCAAGAAAGACGGGAUCGAGAGAAGGAGAGAGAACGCAGACAAAAGGGCCUUCCUCAGAUCAAAACAGAAACUGCCAGUGUUUGCAGUACUACACUUUGGGUAGGACAGCUGGACAAAAGGACUACUCAGCAGGAUGUUGCCAGUCUCCUAGAAGAGUUUGGUCCAAUUGAAUCGAUCAAUAUGAUUCCUCCCAGAGGUUGUGCCUACAUCGUGAUGGUUCAUAGACAAGACGCUUAUCGGGCACUGCAGAAACUGAGCCGAGGGAACUAUAAAGUGAACCAGAAAUCCAUAAAGAUCGCCUGGGCCUUGAACAAAGGGAUAAAGGCGGAUUAUAAGCAGUAUUGGGAUGUGGAGCUUGGAGUUACUUAUAUUCCAUGGGACAAAGUCAAGCCGGAGGAACUAGAGAGUUUUUGUGAAGGAGGCAUGCUGGACGGUGAUACACUUAACCCAGACUGGAAAGGAAUUCCCAAGAAGCCUGAAAAUGAAGUUGCUCAAAAUGGAGGUGCAGAAACGUCACACACAGAAACAGUAUCCCCCAUACCUAAACCUCUGCCUGUGCCUGUCCCUCCGAUGCCUGUUCCUGCACCUAUAACUGUGCCACCUCCACAGGUCCCACCCCAGCCUGGUCCUCCCGUCGUCGGUGCUCUCCAGCCUCCCACCUUCACGCCUCCUUUGGGGAUCCCCCCUCCAGGCUUUGGGCCUGGUGUCCCUCCUCCUCCCCCUCCUCCUCCAUUCUUGCGCCCAGGAUUCAAUCCGAUGCAUUUGCCACCAGGUUUUCUUCCUCCUGGACCCCCACCUCCCAUAACUCCACCAGUGUCCAUUCCUCCUCCUCACACUCCACCAAUCAGCCUCCCAAACUUGGUGUCUGGGGCUAGAGGAGAUGCCGAGUCUGGUGACAGUGUGAAAAUGUAUGGCUCUGCCGUGCCACCCGCUGCACCCACGAAUCUACCCACCCCUCCUGUCACUCAGCCUGUCUCACUUCUUGGUACUCAAGGAGUUGCACCUGGUCCCGUGAUGGGGCUCCAGGCACCAUCAACCGGUCUGCUCGGUGCCCGCCCUGGCAUGAUCCCGCUGCAGCGCCCUCCAGGGAUGCCACCACCUCACUUACAGCGGUUUCCUAUGAUGCCACCUCGCCCCAUGCCACCCCACAUGAUGCCCCGAGGCCCACCCCCGGGACCAGGGGGCUUUGCAAUGCCUCCACCUCAUGGAAUGAAAGGUCCCUUCCCACCCCAUGGCCCCUUCGUUAGGCCUGGAGGGAUGCCAGGCCCGGGGGGCUCGGGCCAAGGGGGUCCUGAAGACCGAGAUGGGAGGCAGCAGCAGCAGCCGCCUCCACCCCAGCCCCAGCCCCCGCCACCAGCGCAGCAGCCACCCCCAGCGCAGCAGCCGCAGCAACAGUUUAGGAAUGAUAGCAGGCAGCAGCAGCAGCAAUUUAAUUCGGGUAGAGACCAAGAAAGGUUCGGAAGAAGAUCUUUCGGAAAUAGGGCAGAAAAUGACCGGGAUCGGUAUGGGAGCCGUAACGACGAUAGGGAGAGUAACCGUGAGAGGAGAGAGUGGGGAAGGAGGAGCCCUGACCGGGACAGGCACAGAGACUUGGAAGACAGAAACAGACGCUCUGGUGGGCAUCGAGACAGGGAGAGAGACACCAGAGAUAGGGAGCCUCGUAGAGAGAAGGAAGAAAACCGGGGGAAGGAGAAGCCCGAGGUGACAGACAGGGCCGGUGGCAACAAAACCCUGGAGCCCGCCGUUAACCAAGUGGGGAAGGUAGAGGCCGGCUCAGAACUUGGUAAGGGCCAGUGCGAGGCGGCCGCCCUCAAACCUCCCGAAGAGACACCUGCUGAGGCUACCUCAUCGGUGGAAGCCACCAAGGAUCCUGGCUCGGCAGCCGAGGCUGCUCGUUAGACUGGAAUUUGUCCAUGUGACAGGGACACUGGGAGUGGGCUUGACGUGUACAGAUGCUGUAUUAUACCGGCUCCGCUAUAUCACAGCCCCACAGCAGUUGGUGGGGACUGUAAGCAAUUUGAUUGCUUCCCUUCUAUUUAAAAAUAGUCACAAAAUAACAAAAAAUACUGAGAAUAUGAAUAAAAUAUUACCCCUUUUGCUGUAA